CCUGCCUUCAAAAGAGAAGGUCCCCCUAACUGCCCACCAUGGCUGCAGAGGCUGGGCCCGACCAAGCAGAAAGUCCUAUAUUAGAGAUUCCCAAGCAAGAUUUUUUUCAAGAAGCAAAAACUCUCAUUGCCCAACACUAUAAGAAAAUAAAUGAGAAUAAAGUUCCAGGUACUUCUAUAAAUGUCUUUAGAAAUAAACAUCAGAAACCGAAAUGUAGGAAAUUCAUACCUUUGGAGAUCAAAAAACAGGAAACACUUGAUACGGUCCGAGAACUUCAGGCAGCAUACAAAAUGAUUUGUUUUCCCAAAGACUGUUCCAAAAGUGGACAUUCUGAGGAGGCUCCAUCACGAACUUCUUUCAAGGAGCCACACAUUUUCAAUGUAAAAAAAAAAUACAAGGGGUCUAUAGAUCUAAUUGUGAAAGAACAAGUUAAUCUGGGUAAAAUAGUGACUAAUAUUGAUUCAGUGAGUAAAAAAAUGGAGAAAGAGAAGCAACAGCACCAUGCGAAGACCAGAAUGGUGGACUCAUUUUGUGCCUUCCCCAUCAUCAACCUUGGCUUGCACUUACAACCCAUGACCUCCUCUUCCAUGGGGCUUUUGAAAGAAAAUGAUAGAGCGUUCUAUGAUUGGAGAGGAGUAGUGUCUAAAAGGUUUUCCUGUUUGACUCAUGACUCCAGUUGGCCUAGUUUCUCUGGAUCAUCGUCAGUAUUUCAGGAUUAUUGUAGUAAAAUAUUUAAAAGUUUUAUCAAAAAAGAACAACAGUCUGUCAAGCCAGAAUCAAAGCCACAACCCAGCCCAAAAUCUAUUCUAAGUAAAAGUGAUAAACUUGACAAUCAAGUUAAAAGAAUUGGACCACAAAUGGAAAACUUCCAAGUGUUCCGGCGAAGGAAAAAAUUUGCAAUUACCAAAAACAUUGUUAGUAUGGUCAUCGUCAUGCAGGCACUUGUCAGAGGGUGGCUCGAACGCAAAAGAUUCCAAAGAAUAAUGAUCAAGGCUUUGUAUCAUGGACCAGAUUUGAGAACAGUUAUAAACAUGUAUUGCAGACUAAUCCAUCGUGUUAAAUAUCGACUUGGUCUUUGGAGGACGAGACAAAUUAUAAACCUUACAGAGCUAGAGGAAUGGAUGGACAGAAAAAAGUUCUAUGAAACAGUGUUUGCUAGAAGAGAAGAUUGGCAAGGAUUAGAAAGAAGUGAGCUCCUUAAGUACUUCAAUGACUGUGGUCAUUUCCCAAUGCACCAGCAAAUUGAUGAGGUUUGGGACCUGGUCCAUAGAGAACACCAUGCAAAAUACUCUGAUAUCAUCAAGAAGUCCAAUGCAAUUGAAAUGUUAUUUACACUCUACCCUCCUCAAGGUGCCCAUGUGCGUACUAAUAUGAGGCUUAGAUCAACUUGGCUAAGACCCAUAGUAAAUGGGGAAGAAGGAUAUAAAUAUAUAGUCAGUGGACAUCCAAUACUCAAAAGAGCUAACAUCCAGAUUGUUGGGAACCUGGUGGCCGGAUCUAUGAGAGAAAGGAAAAUGAGACAACAGUAUUCAUCAUGA